AUGACCGACGCAUGCAUUUCCAUCCGGGCGAAGAGCAGCAGCAGCAGCUCGCGCCGCAGCACGUGGAACGACGACGUAGACGACGGCGGCAUCAUCACCAUCCUCCCCAAAGCGGCCGAGUGCGAGACGCUGCUCCUGUGGCAGAACGGCGCGCUGACCUGGGAACCGCUGUCGUACAACCUCGACAACGUACACAUCGCGCAGUACGUCCGCACGCUGGACCCCGGCCAGCGGCCCGAGGAUUACCGUUUCCCCCGCGGCUUUCGCACGUCGCGGGAGAGGGCGAGGCGGGCGGUGCUGGCGGCGAGGAAGAGGGCGGAGGGGUUGCAUCCGGGGUUUUUUGAGGGGGGUGGUGGUGAUGGUGAUGAUGAUGAGCUUGUGGAGAAGGAGAAGGAGAAGGAGAAGGAGAAGGAGAAGGAGAAGGAGAAGGAGAAGAAAAAUGAGCGAUUAGCUGAGGAGGAGGAAGUCUAUGAAGAAGAGGGAGAUGCGGGAGUAGUAGUAGUAGUAAAUGGCGAGCACGGCGGCGGCGACGACGACGACGACGACGACAUGACGACCAUCGCCGUCCCGACCGCCGUGGCACCGGUCCUGCAGGCCAUCCUACGCAACUUCACCCUCACCCCUCGUCCCGGGCCGCCCAGUGGCGGCGGCGUGAGCCGUUCUGCUGCUGCUGCUGCUGCUCCGUCUCCUCCUCACCCUACUCCCUCCUGCAACGCUUCUUCUCCUCUCCCGCCGAACGGAGCGCCGCCGCCGCCGCUCAUGACACCGGACUCCGACGCGAUACUCGCAGACUGCGCGGCCGAGAUCGUUAUCGUGGACUCGGAUUCGACUACGUUCGUGGGGUUUUCUGAUGACGAAGAUGACGACGACGACCAGAGCGAUAAUCCGGAUGGGGAUGACGACACGCCGGGCCCAGAUACGGCGUCGGAAUCAGGAACGGAACCAGAGUACUUCUCGCCUCAGUAUUUUGGAGGUCUCGAGGCGACUACGCCGCCGGGAUCACCUUCGAGAGGGUAUGGGUGCACUGGGUGGUGA